UCAGAGGAGCCGCCGCCGCCGCCGCGCCCGCAGCGCGCCCCGAAGCCGCACCGUCCGUCCGUCGCGUCGCCGCAGAGCCGGGCUGCGCGCUGCGCCCCCCCUCCCCCUCUCUGUGUCCGUGCCGUCGCGGGCGCUACAGUCGGUCCACGCUGGGGGCGGAAGGACCUGAGGCCGCUGGGUCGGGAACCAUGAAGGUCCCGGGCGCCGUGCUCCGUGAGGGCGAGCUGGAGAAGCGCAGCGACAGCCUGUUCCAGCUCUGGAAGAAGAAGCUGGUGGUGCUGAGCACCGACCGCCUGAGCCUGUUCCCCGACGGCCCGGCGGCGGCCCGCAGGGGCGCGCGCCCCAAGGAGCUGAGCUUCCACUCCAUCCUCAAGGUGGACUGCGUGGAGCGCACGGCCAAGCACGUCUAUUUUACCAUAGUCACCAGGGACCGCAAAGAGAUCGACUUCCGCUGCCCCGACGAAAGCUGCUGGAACGCCUCCAUCACCAUGGCGCUCAUCGACUUCCAGAACCAGCGUGCCAUCGAGGAUUUCAGGAGCCGGCAAGAACUGGAGCGGGAGCGGGAACGGGAGCAAGCGGGGCCACCCGAGCGCCGGCUGGCCCGCGCGCCCUGAGCCGCACACCCGCCGGCCUAUCCGACUGACCGAGAGAGAGCAGAGCCUUUUGGUUGGAACUUGAUGGGGACCUUGUGUCGCAAUGAAAGGGAUCCCCGAAGCGCCCACGAAGGAAGAGGGCUGAAGCUGAGAGCCAGAUCUCCCUGCGGGCGGGGAGGAAGCGGAGCCCAGGCCCUCCCCGCACGGCAUUGGGGAGCUGGCCCCCGCGGCCCCUGGAGCCUGCCCCCCUACCCAUCCACCCCCGCGGCCCCUCUACCCACCCACCCCCGCGGCCCCUGGAGCCUGGCCCUCCGGCCGCUUUAUUUAUAAUGACUCGGGAACUGUGGCCGUUGGCUGGGGGCCACGGCCCUUAACUUAUUGUAGGAUCUAGAUUUCUAUUUAUUUCAGUGGCUUCGAACAUUGUCUUAAUAUUUUUUCAUGACGCGUCCAUUCCAAAUAAAUGCCUUGAAAUGCUGACUUUUUCUUA